AUGGAGGACGAGAGACCUAUUCGACCACAAGUAGUUGGACCACAAAUUGGCACGUCUGCCGGUAACUUUUUUCAAACAGACCACGAUUUACUGGUUCAAGGAAGACGAGCUGCGAAACGCGAAAAUAAAGCUGGCGAACCUAUUGAAAUUACCUCGAAAGCUUUGUGCUUGCUGCUUGCUGAGUAUGAAGGAAGGAAAACCGUUAAACUGUUUAAAGGGCACACUGGUCCCGUUACUUGUCUUGGCCUAUGGUACAAAAAUGGUGAAGAAUAUCUAAUCACAGGAUCAUGGGAUCAAACUCUAAUAAAAUGGAAUACCAAGACAAAAGAACAAUUAAAAAUCUUCUCAAAACACACAGACUUUGUAAAAUCACUAACAAUAGCACACACCACUGGCACCCUGUACUCGGGAUCAUCAGACAGGCAAAUACUCAGUUGGAACCUCGACACCGGUGACCUUCUACCUGUUAUAAUGAAAGGACACACACGCGGCAUCGAAGAUCUCGUAUUUGAUGAAUCGGAAAAACAUUUGUAUUCCGCGUCUUCGGAUAGACAUAUACGAAAGUGGAACCCUGCGACUGGAGAAUGCUUACAAUUGUUUGAGGAUCAUUUGACGAGUGUUUACUUUAUACGUGUAGUUGAUGAGGUCAUGUGGUCUGCUUCCGCUGACAAGACUGUCAAAAGAUGGGAUUUAGUCACUGGUAAAGUGGAUACUACGUUCACCCACCCCGACUUUGUCAAAUGUUUGGUAGAAUUAGGACCAUACUUAAUAACGGGAGGACGCGACGAAGAUAUUCGCGUGUUUGAUAUUGGGACGGGAAAAAUCAUAAAGACGAUGGAAGGCCAUUUUGAUGAAGUGUCAUGUAUGGCAGCACGGGGAACAAUGGUGUAUACCGGGUCACUGGAUUGUACUGUUCGGCGGUGGUCUGUAACUGCAAAAGAUCUCGCUCAAUCAACUGAUGCUGAAAAAUCAAAAUCUGAACACGAACCGUCGUCUUCAAGUUUAAAAAAUAACACUACAGCAAACACGAAGACUAUGUUAACCGAAGAGGAGGAGAAGGAAUUGGCCGAAUUAAUAGGAAGUGAUGAUGAAUAA